ACUCUAUCAUCCAAUGAGUGCCACACAUAACGUAUGAACACAUUUGUGGUGAUGUCAACAGUAUAUUCACUGAACGCACCGAUUGUGUCCACAACUUCUUAACCAGUAGUUCCCAUUCAAUCUGUUUAUUAAUAUAAUUGUCACCCAUUUUUGCCCCGUAUUUAUCAAAUCAAUUUGAAACCUCGUAUUGAGUGCAGUCGUUGCACGCAAAUAGUGCCCAUAAUUAGUACCAAAUGGCGAUUAAAUUUCUCGAAGUGAUUAAACCGUUUUGCGGUAUUUUGCCGGAAGUGGCAAAACCCGAACGCAAGAUACAGUUCCGGGAGAAGGUCUUGUGGACAGCCAUCACUCUAUUCAUAUUCUUAGUCUGUUGUCAGAUCCCACUGUUCGGUAUCAUGUCAUCGGACUCCGCCGACCCUUUCUAUUGGAUGCGAGUUAUCUUAGCGUCCAAUAGGGGGACACUCAUGGAGUUAGGUAUAUCACCGAUUGUCACCUCCGGACUCAUUAUGCAGCUGUUGGCCGGCGCUAAGAUCAUCGAAGUGGGCGACACUCCCAAAGACCGGGCCCUCUUCAACGGCGCGCAAAAGUUGUUCGGAAUGGUCAUAACGGUAGGCCAGGCCAUCGUGUACGUGAUGACCGGUAUGUAUGGCGAUCCAGCGGACAUCGGCGCCGGUGUGUGUCUACUGAUUAUCAUACAGCUGUUCGUCGCCGGUCUCAUUGUCCUGCUGUUGGACGAGCUCUUGCAAAAGGGCUACGGCUUGGGCUCCGGUAUCUCUCUGUUCAUCGCCACCAACAUCUGCGAGACGAUCGUGUGGAAGGCGUUCAGUCCGGCCACUGUCAACACCGGGAGGGGCACGGAGUUCGAGGGCGCCAUCAUCGCGCUGUUCCACUUGUUGGCCACCCGUCAGGACAAGAUUCGCGGCCUUCGCGAAGCCUUUUACCGGCAAAACCUACCGAAUCUGAUGAACCUUUUGGCCACAAUCCUGGUGUUCGCGAUUGUCAUAUACUUCCAGGGCUUCCGAGUGGAUCUGCCCAUCAAGUCGGCCCGUUAUAGGGGACAGUAUAGCUCGUAUCCCAUCAAACUGUUCUACACGUCAAACAUUCCGAUCAUUCUUCAGUCGGCGCUCGUCUCCAAUCUGUACGUCAUUUCGCAGCUGUCGUUUCGAUGCCGACCAUUAAUUAUCUCCCAAUACGUGUCGCCGCAGAUGUUGGCCGUGAAGUUCAGCGGAAACUUUUUGGUGAAUAUAUUGGGCGUCUGGGCCGACGUGGGAGGCGGCGGACCCGCCCGAGCCUACCCUAUAGGCGGCCUCUGUUACUACCUCUCGCCGCCCGAGACGUUAGGCCAUAUCGCGGAGGACCCGAUCCACGCGGUCCUAUACAUCGUGUUUAUGUUGGGUUCGUGCGCUUUCUUCUCCAAGACGUGGAUCGAAGUCUCCGGUUCCAGCGCUAAGGACGUGGCGAAACAGCUGAAGGAGCAGCAAAUGGUGAUGAGAGGGCACAGAGAGAAGUCGAUGAUUCACGAGCUGAACCGUUACAUCCCGACCGCCGCCGCGUUCGGCGGCCUCUGCAUCGGCGCGCUGUCCGUGUUGGCCGACUUCCUGGGCGCCAUCGGCAGCGGCACCGGUAUCCUAUUGGCCGUCACCAUCAUCUACCAGUACUUCGAGAUAUUCGUGAAGGAGCAGAGCGAGAUGGGCGGCAUGAGUACACUGCUCUCGUAA